AGAUCAAUUUUAAUGAUCAGAAGUAUCACAGGACUGUUCGUAAGCAGUUUAAUGUUCCUCAUAAUCACUUUAAGUACAAGAGACUGUUAUAGAAAGAAAUAUGUUAAAGCAGUUAAUGCACAUAAUAUCAUUUAUUUCAUAAAAUAAAGAUUACUCACUUCUAUUUCAAUUUAUUCCUUUAACUCACGUGAAGAUGACUUUAGGAGACACGUGUCUUUAAUAACAUUAUCAGGUUUCAUUAUCAAUAAAUAAAUCAUUCUUCAUGUGACUCAGUCUGUUGAAUGUUUUUGGUUGCAGAUGCUGUAACUGGCAGAGAUGUGCUCGUAAUAAUCAACAACAUCGACUAAUAAUCUCUCUGCAGACGCUCUUCUUAACGUUGGUAGAAAAACUAUGACUUGACUUAUUUAGUGUUUGAGUCUACAUGAGCUUUUAAAAGACAAUGCCACUUUGAACACUUUGGUAAAUAAAGAUAAUAUGAUUAUAUUAUAUAUGUUAUGUAACAAUGUGAUGUCAGUGCUCAUAUAUGAUUUUUGUAUCUUAGUUAUGACUGAUUUCAUAUUUACUGUUUUAAAUCUCCUGAUUAUGAUUUUUGGUUUACACUUUUUUUAAUUUUCAAUCUCAUAAUCCCGAUUUUAAUCUCAUAAUCAUGACUAAACAUGUUUGUUUUUUUUCUCAUUAAGAUUAAAUCUCAUCUUGUUACUUUUUUCUUUACCAGACAGAAAUGUUCCAACAUCGUCUUUCGAUUAAGUCGCCUGGUCGACAUCUGUUCUCUUCUUCUAUUGGUCAGAUCUGGUCAGCUGACAGGGCAGACGGAUCAUGUGACCAGCAGACCGAGCCAGUGUUGACCUGACAGCUCCUGGUUCUGUGGGUAUCGUCAGUUCUGGCUGGUUCUGGCUGGUUCUGGUGGAAUGUCUCCUGGACUCACAGGCUGAUCUCGAACUCGUGUGAACAUGUUGGAGGCGGCUCGGCGGCCGGAGAAUAUCUCCACAGAGGUGUGCGUCAUCCCGGAGAACCAGCACUGUGGACCGGUACCGGACAUCCAGAGAGCCCAGCUGGCUCCUGGAGGCUCCCUGCUCGCAUGUCUGGAGGCCCGGGGCCGGCUGGUGGUGUGGGACCCGGCGGACAGAGAGGCUCCUCCGGCUGUGGAGGACGAGAGCUGCUCAGACUUCUCCUGGGAGGAGGUGGCCGUCCACAGCCGCAGCAGCAGCUUCAGACUGCUGGCUGUUGGAGCUCAUGGUGACCUGAAGCUGCUGGAGGCAGAACGAUCAGCCUCCAUCUCUCUGCGCCGUGUCUGUGAAUAUCCUGCAGACCGCCUGCUGCAGACCGUCAGAGACCAGGACCCGGGUGUGUGUGAGCUGCAGUCGGUGUGCGUGUUGUCGUUCGCUGCUGGCCGCUGCCGCGUGCUGCUCAACUGCGAUUGGCUGCUGCAGUGGCAGCAGACGGAGGCGGAGCCGCAGACGUCGUCCUGCUGCAACAUCCAGCUGACCAACAGAGACGGACGCUCUGCCGUCCACCACUCUGUCUGCAGAGACUUCCUGUUCGUCCUCAGCUCCUCUGGACUCACAUCUGUGUGUAACGUCUCUGAUGGCCGUCUGCUGGCCAGCAUCGACCUCCCCGCCUACCUGAGCUCCGGCCCGGCGGACGACGACCUCAGCUCCUCCCCCUCUUCCUCCUUCUCCCCCUCUUCAUCCUUCUGCCUCCUCCAGGUGUCAGCUGACCUCAGUACAGCUGUGGUCGUCACGCAGUCUCACACCGCCAUCGCCGUCGACCUCAACCACUACUUCAGGAUGUAUCCGGACCACCUGCUGUGUGCCGCUCCUCCCUCGCGGCCCGCUCUCCGGCCCGAGAACCAGAGAGACCAGGACAGCCUGUCGAGCUCCAACUGCAGCUGCGUCGCCCUCGGAUCAGCCUUCAGCACCGACCGCUCCUGGGAGGCUCGUCUGGCCUCCAUGUACAGCAGAGCCCAGCAGGCUGCAGCUCCCUCCUCCUCCUCCUCCUCCUCCUCCUCCUCCUCCUCCUCCUCCUCCUCCUCCUCCUCCUCCUGGUCCUCCUCGCUCCCCCACACAGGGGAAUUCCACCAGGCUCCAUCCUCGGCCCACAGCAGAGUGCCUCACGGUGGGGCGACUGUUUCUUUCUCCGUCCCCGAGUCCUCCUCUCCAUCUCUGCUCACCGUGUCUGAGUUCUCCGCCCAGCUGACCUUUGUUUCCCCCGGCAACAGACAGACCACUGUGGCCUUGUGGGAUUUAGAGUCUGGGAGUGUUAGUUACCACCAGGCGGAGGGCGAGGCAGCUCCGGUUCAGCGCUGUGGAGAGCGACAGCACCGACUGCUGCUGAAGAAGGCCGGCCUGUUCCAGGUCCUGUUCUCGGUGUCCCAGCAGGACUUGCUCAGCAGGUUAAUGUUGUUUGGCAGUGCAGCGACAGUCGAUGCAGUGUGUCACCUGAACAGCUGGGGGCGCUGCUCCAUCCCCAUCCACGCUCUGCAGGCUGGACUAAAGAACCGUCAGCUGGACACGGUGGAUUUCUACCUGAAGAGUAAAGAAAACCUCCUGAACCCUGCAGCCGACCAGCCGGCAGCCUCCGGACUGAGUCUGACAGACAGUGUGCAGGAGUUGUGUCCUGCGUUGGACCUGCUGUGUUCGGCUGUCAGAGACUCCAACAGUGAAGCUCAGAGCCGACAGUUCUCUGAGCAGCUGCUCAACAUCACCAUGAACUUCGUCAGCACGCAGAUCCGCUCAGUCCUGUCCAACACACAACACGAGGACGCAGACGUGCGGAGCUGCGUGGACGUCCUCGACCGUUACGUCACUGACCUGAGGAGCUACAUGAAGAGAUUCCCCUGGCCUGCAGGGGGCGACACCUCCAGCACCGGUUCUGCUGAUCCGGCUCAGGAGGAGGCUCAGGGAGACGAGUGGGAGCAGCUGCAGGCAGAGGAAGUGGUCCGUCAGUCCAUCCUGACCAAUCAGAUCCCCAGAGCUCAAGCGGUCCUGCGGAGGCGGAGCUGUCCGGAGCAGCACCUCCCGGCUCUGAGGAUGGAGGGUCUGCGUCAGGUCUUCUCCUGCCUGCAGCACCGAGACCUGCAGACCGCCAACACACUCCUCACCAACAUGGGUUUCAGUGUGAUGAAGCAGCUGCACAGUAUCUGCCUCUACACCGACGACAAGGAGCUCCGGGAGUUUGUGGUGGAGGAGCUGUCAGGGCGGAGCUGUUUCCCAGAGGAGCAGGUGCAGAGCGUGGCGUUCAUAAAGGAGAUGGAGAAGUUGGGAUCACUUCCUGCCGCCCGCUGCGCUGCAGAUAGCGCAGCACACAGUGUGCUUCAGAUGGCCCGUUGGGAGGCUGGAGGUGAGGAGGUUCUGGAGGAGCUGGCAGGACAGACGAGGUCUGAGGAGGAGGGUGGGCUCUGGAGGAACCUCCGACUGGACUGGGUGAGGAACUGGGACCAGAGCUGCCAGACCGCCGUCCUCCUGUCCAGACUCGGACACACAGAAUUGAGUUCCUGUGACUCAGCGGUGUUGUGGCGUUACCUGACCGCCCUGCACGAUCGGCGCCGUGUGGUGGACUGGAUCAACUGGCACCAGGAGACCAGCAGCGCCCCCCGGUGGCCUGACUUAACUCCAGAACUGGUCAACAACAACACGGCCUGCAGCACCUACAUGAGGGAGAACAUCCUGGACCUGCUGGCCCGGAGACGUGUGUUCAUCCCGGAGGAGCUGGCCGACCUGGAGCAGCUGUUGUGGAGGCUGGCUCAGGGUGGAGGGGUGAUGGCUUCAUCUCCACCCGUCCCUCAGUACCGCUCCCCCCUCGGCCUGGACCUCCACAGCCUCUUCAUCACCUUCUGCCUGGACCACAGCCUGCAGUACCUGCUCUACACCUACCUGGAGCACUACAGGUUGACACCCAGAAACUGUCCCCUCCUGACCAAUCAGAGCCUGUCUGAGAGCCAGCCCUGGUUUGAGAUGCUGGUGAAGAUCCAGGAGAUCACCCGAGAUCUGUCAGAUCCAGGACUGGUCUUCCAGGCCAGUUUGACCAGCGCUCAGGUUCUGUUGCCGGGCAGCCAGGCGUCUCUCAGCAGCCUGCUGCUGGAGGGACACAGCCUGCUGGCUCUGGCCACCAUCAUGUUCGCCCCCGGAGGAAUCGACCAGGUGGUGGUUCAGGGAGAGAGGUCGGGCAGGUCGGACAGGACGGUCGACCCCCAGCUCCUGAAGAUGGCUCUGGCCCCCCACCCCAAACUGAGGGCCGCCCUGUUCCCUGCUGGGCCCCGAGGAAACAGCCCGUCCUCCGACGUCUCAGUCUACCACCUCCUGCAGGCUCUCGCUCCUCUGGACCCGUCGAGGCUGUUCAGCUGGCAGGCAGCAAACACCCUCAACUCCACCGAAACGACGGAGCUGCCUCAUUUCUCCAGCCCUCACCUGGUCAGCAGGUUCGCUCUGGUGGAGAACCUGGACUUCCUGUUUUACCUCCAUCAUGGCCGACCGUCCUUUGCAUACGCCACCUUCCUCGUGCAGCAGCUGAGUGGUGGCAGUGACAUCACACUAAUGCUGCAGCAGGCUGGGCAGCAGGUGUACAGGUCGGCCCUGCAGUGUUUCAACGUGCCAUCGGUGGCGUCGGCGGCUGUUUGUUUCUGUGAGCUGCUGGGAGUCUGCAGCCUGAAGCUGAGGGUCGACAUCAGAGCCAUGAACAUCAUCCUGCAGCACUGGAGCCAACACAACACACACACCGCCCCGACACAGCAGCUACACACACUGGUAUCUAAAGCUGUGAAGUUGACGGAGGCGGAGCCUGGAGCAGCGGAGGAGCUGAUUGGCUACCUGGAAACUGCAGUGACGGACAACUUGGAGCAGAAGGGCAUCAGCAGGUCUUCGUACGAGGCGGCCCAGGAGUGGGCGUUGCCGGUUCAGUUCUGUCAGCUGCACGGCCUGAAGCUCAGCUCUGUUUACCCCGCCCACUGCGCUGCAGACGGACAGUUCAUCCACUUCCUGUUGUUUGUCCAACUGCACAACUUCCCGGCCCAGCAGGUGAGGUCAUUGGCAGCUCAGUUUGGCCCCGCCCUGCAGGCCCACCUGAGUCUGGCCUUCCGGGACCUGCAGGUGUACAGUCAGAGGAGGAGCUGUGAGGAGCAGUCAGCGUCUCUGAGCACAGAGGAGGACCCUGGGAGCCCGGAGCACCACACGGAGCUGUUCCAGGUCCUCCUGCAGAGCCAGGAGGAGGCGGCGCCCUGCAGGUACCUGCUGCAGGAGGCGCUGGUGCAACGCUGCCCGACGCUGGCUGUCAUGGCUGCCUGUCAACAGGGGGCGGAGCUACUGCCGUGCCUGUGUGUGUGGGUGCUGACCUCCGUCGAUGAUGUCACUUAUGGUGAAGCCACCUCCCACCUGUUGGAGGUGCCUCAGCACCACGAGUGGACGCUGCACGACCUGUCAAUCAUCUGGAGGACGCUGCUGGGGCGGGGCCACGUCAGGCCCCUCCUACGAGCCUUCCAGCUCUUCCUGCCGGACUGUCCUCUGGUGUUGGUGCUGAGGAUGUUUGAGAUGUGUUGUGACUACAGGAACUUCUCUGAGGCAAAAGCAAAGCUGCUGGACUUCCAGAGGACCCUCAUAGCUCUGAGAAACGGUGGCCCAGCGCCCUCCAGUGGACUCCCCCUGCAGUGGGUGGAGAGCCAGGCGUCAGUGCUGCUCCUCACCAUGCUGCAGCGCUGCUCCUCCCAGUACGACCUCCACCGGCUGCUGCAGCUCCUGGCCGACGUCGACAAACUCCUCAAAUCCAACGGUCCAGACUUCAGGAAGCUCAGUCAGCUCAGUCAGUUGCUGCAGGGGUCAGAGGUCAGCCUGUCUCCCCGGCUGCUGCAGUGCUCUUCUCCCUCCAUCCAGCAGGAGGAGUUCCAGGCUGCAGUGGACGCUCUGCAGGCCCGGGGGCUCUACAGCCAGGCCCGGCAGGUGGCCCAGCUGGCCGGCCUGUCAGUCCACCGCCUGCUGCUCAGCCAGCUUCUCCAGGAGGUAAACUCCCAGAAGUCCAAGCGUCAGUGGAGAAGGUUGGAGACGCGAGUCAGUUUCUGGAGGAGAUGUCACGAGCAGCUGAAGGCCGACGGCACUGAUCCAGAAUCAGCCUCCCAGUUCUUCCUGUCCCAGGCUGACGCUGGGAGCUCGGACUCCUCCGGAGCUGCGGAGGCUCCGGCCGAGCUGCUGGACAUCCAGGAACGCUGCCUGCUGCUCUGCCUCGCCGCUCACUGGCUCUCCCUGCUCAGCCCGGCUCCUGUGGACAAACUGGAGAGCCUGGAGAAAAGGCUGUGGAUCAGCCGCGUACGACGACGCGUCCUCACCGUCGCCAUGGAGAAGGAGAGUGUUUUCAGCCUGCCGCCUGCCAUCACACAUGAAAUGAACACGUAUGAAGUGCUCAUGAAGGAGUUGUCCUUCUCCAACAUAUCAGACCUGAACACAGAGGGCUGUCUCAGUGUGGAGGGACUCCCGGGGCCCCCUGGGGAGCAGGAGGAGCUGAAUACCCACUCAGCACUGAGUCCAGAGGAGAGGAGCACUCUGACCGAGCUGAUCGGUCAGUUACUAGAUGACGGUAGUAUUCACGAAGCCAGCCGGGUCUGCCGGUACUUCUCCCUGCAUCACCCGGACAUGUGGGUGGUGCUGCGCUGCAGAGGUCUGGCCUCCGGAGAGCUGAACCCUGAACCACCAGAAGAGGCAGCAGAGGCUCCGCCGAGGACCGGCAUCACCAGCUCUCCCUCCCUCAGCAGCCUGUUGUCCUUCGUGAUGCUCCCCCUCCCUGACGACGAGGUCGCCGUCCAGCUCCAGAGACUGGUGGAUCAGUGUCGCCAUGGCAACAACUACUGCAAACAAGUCCUCAGCCUCUACCAGCUCUCCAAGGAGCUGCAGUGCUCCUUCAGUCAGAUCUGCGGGGAGGAACCUCGCUCGGUGCUGGAGAAGCUGCUGCUGUCGGACCAGCCGGAGCGCUUCAGGAAGGCUCAGGCCUUCAUCAAAGCUCAGGGUCUCUCUGCAGACGCUGUGGCCGAGCUGGUCUCCUCCGCCGUGGUCCAGGCGCUGCUGGCCUCCACCCAGGAGCUGCAGCCGGCAGAGAGGCAGGUCUACAGGCCGUCGGAGGGCCGCGACUCGCUGGUCCAGCUCAUCAAACUGUGUGACGAUCCCAACAUGGUGGGAGUCAAACUGCUGGAGAACCUGGACACGGUUCCACUGCGAGACCUGAGCUGCAUCGUGGAGCUGCUGGUCGUUGCUCACGACUGUUUCAGUCUCACCUGUAACAUGGAGGGGAUUGUCAGAGUGCUGCAAGCCGCCCGUCACCUCAGCCACACCUACCUGGCUCCCGGAGAGCACUACAGCCUGCUGGUGCGUCUGCUGACAGGUAUCGGCAGGUAUAAUGAGAUGACGUACGUCUUCGACCUGCUGCAUCAGAACCAUCGCUUCGAGAUGCUGCUGAGGAAGAAAGUGGACACGGACAGAGGACAGAGCUCCAGUCUGAAGACGGCUCUGCUGGAUUACUUAAAGCGCUGCCUCCCCGCAGACAGCGAGAAACACAACAUGGUGGCGCUGUGUUUCAGCAUGAGGCGAGAGAUCGGAGAGAACCACGAGAUGGCUGCCAGAACUCAGCUGAAGAUCAUCGAGUCUCAGGCCUGGGUGGUCACUCCUGAGCUGAAGAGUUCACUGGUCAAAGUGUUGGGUCUGCUGAAGGACGCAGCCGAGAGCUUCUCCAAGGAUGCGUGCGUGCGUCAGGCGAGUCGUUGUGUUCGGACAGCGAAGCUUGUGGCUCUUCAGCUGCACUUCCUGAACCAGGGAUCGGACCUGCGCGUCAUCAACCUGCGACCUGCAGAGCUGCUGAACGCCGUCACGUCGCUGCCACGAUGCUACCAGGUGUUUGUGGUGUCGGAGGCGUACAGCUACAGUCCGGACUGGGCAGAGAUUUUGUACCAGAAGGUGAUCCUGAAGGGAGACUUUGUUUACCUGGAGGAGCUCAAGCGCCACCGUCCGCUGACCUCCAGCCUGUUCGAGGACAUUUUCAAAAAGCUGGACGGCGCUCCGAGCAGCGUCACUCCCAACGUGAAGCGCCUGCUGACGCACUGUGAUGAUGUGUACAGCCGCUACAGGCUGGCCUACCAGCAGAACCUGUAUGAUGUCACCAAGUCACUGCUGCAGGACGCCAAGACCUCCAGCUACCUGAACGACAGGCUGGCCAGCUGAGCGACUGACGGACCGUCUGUGCAUCCGAUCACAUAAAUCCUGUCGAUGUUUACUGCUUAUUUAUAAUAAGCACAAAACUGCCUUCUGUCCUCUAACCUGUCUUCUGUGGAGAUGAACUAAAAUCAGAUGGAAUAAUAACUGAAUAUAAUUUGUUUCUAUUAAUACACAACAAAGACAAAUGAAAUGUAAACUUUAAUGUACCGUUCAGUUUGUCAGGAUUCACAAAACCUUCACAGCAGGAUGUGAUGACGUGUAAACAUUCACAUUAAAAUCACUUCAUGAACA